AUGAGGCAGCUGCGGGCCGUUUAUCCGGAGAAGGCCGUCUACACGCAGCAGGUCGGGCCCGGAUGCUGCUUCGGAGCCCUCGCCCUCAUGCUGCGCUUCUACUUCCAGGUUCCAGGAUUAGAACGUGUUCAGUCUGAACCCAAAUGGAGUCGUGACCAGACGCCGAUGCCUCCGACCUCCUCGUUGCUGGGAUCCAGGAUCAGCAUGCAGAUGAAGUCCUCUCUGGCCCCCCGCAGGCGCAGCAGCUUGCGGAAGGCCUUGGACCUGCUCUCGUAG